CCGUUCAUUCCAAUUUCCAAACGAUAUGAUCCUAUAGAGCCAAAUUGGGAGAAAAAUCAGCUCAGAUUCUGCGAAGCUCCUUCUCUCAGCUAUGUUAUCCCUUCUUCUUUGCUCUCUUCUCCUCUUUUCCCGUUCUUCACUCGUCAUUUCUGCUCUCAGCGCCAUUCCCAGCUUCGAGAACUCUGGUGGGGUUCAAGUUUUUGAGGUCUCGGAGCCAUGGAGGGCUGGAAGAAGCCUUGCGGAGCAGAACCCUGCUGGGAAUUCGUCUCUGAUUUUGGCUGAAGAGAGGACUCAGAGGAAAGACCCGCUGGAUGAUUUUAAACCCUAUAUGGGUGGAUGGAAUAUCAGCAGCCAACAUUACUGGGCUGUAAGUUCUUUCCCUGAUUUCAAUUUUGGGUUCUGUUUGUUGCAAUGACUCUGUACUAAUCUU